AUGCAAUCAUUUCGCCCACUCUUGAUUCUGUUUGGAAUUAGCUUAGGUACUGUGACGAUUUGCCAAGCUGUCAGUCCGUUGGAUUUGCAUCAGGUGCAUUUUCGGAACAAGGUCCAAGAUGCACUGCAGGCGGUCGGCACGAUUCUCAACACCACACGUCAUCCCGUUUUGCUGGAAGAGGCGGAGCAUCAUACCUACAAUGACAAGUACGCAAUGGUCGACACCAUGACCAACACUCUGAUUGCAUCCGCCAUUUCCGUCCUCAAGAAAAUUGGUCUAUCGCACGAAACCUUGCUCCAGCUCGUAAAGGCCGUGCAGGAACACAAGAAACCCGUCUCCCUUCACUUUCGGAUGGACCAAACGUGUGACUUUGUCCAGCAAACGAAACGAAAGGUGAUUCGGUCCGAGAUGGAUAUUAUAGGUAGUGUGAAAUCAGGCGCGGGAUUGAUCGGUCGUCUGGCAUCUUCUUCCAAGGAAAACAUUCAGGUCAAGGCUACGGUUCAGGAUUACGAAUGGAAAUUGAGCACACCCUAUCGAGUCUAUUUCCAAAUUGGGGACGAUCAAGAAAUUGAAUUGCAAAAUCGAAGUGACAUGGAAACGGAAAUUGUAUUGUUGGGGAGCUUGAAUAAAGGACGGCCUACGGAUCGACGACCUCCCACUCCCUUGCCGUCACGGGUUCACGAUUUGACAGUCGACAUGACCUGGCUCUUUCAACAAAUCAUGAGUUAUGGGACGACCAAAGGACUACUCAGCAGUGAAUUCUCAGUCGACCGACAAUCAAAAGCGUGCAAGACACCAAGGCGAAACACGGAAAUUGAACAAGCCUUUGCCUUUCGAAACAAAUAUGAAGCAUGGGCCGACGAGGUUUCUUCCAUUUUUGAACACUUGGAAAAGGUUGCUCCAGCAGACAAUGACAAUCGUCGGCCUACUACGCCUGAAGAAAGACAAGCUUUGGAAAGUAUGAUGUUUGCUCCUAUUCUCCCCUUGUUUGAAGGUUCUUCUGUAUUACCCACAGGAGACAUUGAUUUGUUUCUUUCCAAGCACGACGAUUCCAUGGAUGACUUUGUUCAUUCCGUCGAAUCGAGAUAUCCAGAUGAGGGGUACAUGUCAGAAAAGGACAUUGUAUUGACCAGUAUGCUACGUCAUCUUGGUGAGCUGACGGAAUCUUGGGCUGACAGUGUCGACUAUGUGGAAGGUUUGCUCCGAGAUCAACUGAUCCAAGCCAUCGGAAAGGAAUUGACAUCCCAAGACUUUGACCGAUUCAUGAGUCACUACUCGAAACAGAUCUUGACGUCAGAAUAUGCUCCCAAACCAUUCUCCUAUGCCAUUCGACGGGGUGGACAAUUUCCAGAUGGCACAAUCUCCAUCGAAGGUCAAGCCGGUGAAGGGUCAUUAGUGGAAACCAUGGUGCGUCACAUCCCAGGUGGGGAUUCCAAUCCGCCCAUUGCCCUUGCCGUAGAUGCUGCCACUUCAAUCAAUCUUCAAGGGGAUCGCUACUUGCAUGGAUGGGUGCAACAUCGUUGGGGUUUGGAUCACGGAUCUUGGAAAACAAACUUGGUUGCUCGAGCGAAUCAGUUCUCUAGCUUCUUGGUUGUCUUGGGAGUCAUGAGUGGACCAGACACCUUUGUGCCCAAAGAUGCUAUUAUUGUUCAAAACAAGGACGAGGUAUUGAUUCCUCUUCUCACCAACACUUUGCCGAGUGCCAAGGAAUUUCGGGACUCCAUUUCAUCCCUGUCCCCAGAACAACGUGCCUUUGCCGAAGCCUACCGAAAAAUGCAACUCGAGUCCUCGGUCUUUGGCGUUUGCAUCAUUCAAAUCAAACCACAAUUGGAAACGCUACUGAAUCUUCCAGAGGGUGCAUUGACCAAGGAAAUCCAGUUGACCCAAGAUCUCAUGACGCUCUUCGCGGAUCACCAAAUACCGUCCGAUCUUCUUUCCUUUGAUCGAUCUAGCAACGGCAAUGAGGAUGAAGGUGAACCCAGCGUGCAAGAAAAGGUAAAGACGGUACGACAGUAUGCUUCGACAGUACUGGAAACCUUGGAGCGAGCCAAAGACAAGGAACUAGACGACGCCAAAAUGCGAGCAAAAUUACAAGAGGCAAUCGACGGAAGAGUGGAAGCAUACCCAAAUGAAGAGGACUCCGGUGGGAUGCAUUCUUCCAAUCGAAGGCAUCAACAGCCACGUGCAUCACUUGAGAUGAUUUCGGCACCAGGGGAACACAUGCCACAAAUGGCAUUUCUGAGUGGCCAACAAAUGGCAGCUGUUCCUUCCACGGGAUCACACGAGAGUCAGCCGCCAUCAACGACAACAUUUUUGCCCAAGCGUGUGGAUACCUCUUCCUCAAAUGAUCUUACCUUGAUUCCUAGUAUAUUGGAUUCCAAGUUUGAGGAAAUGGACAAAGAUGGCGCGUUGAAAUCGACCAUUGUCCAGACUUCCAAGUACUGGGAAAGAUCCCGCCAAGAGCACCUACUGAUGGGAUGGGAACAAAAUCAGCGGACGCUUCUUGAUAGCGAUGAAUUGACGAUGGAAAGGAACAAGGCCAUGGAUCUGCUAGUCGCCAUUAGUCGCAGUGGUUCCUUGCCCAUCAAGUGUUGUGAGCUCCACAUAUUGGUGGCAGUGUCCCAUUGCUUUGAAAAGCAAAUCAUGGAAACAAUAAUACAGGACAACAUCAAUCCGAUCGAAAAGGUGACAAAUUCCCUAUCCAUGAUUGCGGCUGUGAUUCACAAUGCUAAUAACACAAGUAGUAUUGGCGGCAAGCAGGAAGAAAGCAAGAGUACCAUUGAAGACUAG